AUCGAAGCUCCGAUCCCCACUAUCGGACGAGACGAGGAGCUAUAUGUGGUCAGCUUCGAUGGAUCAGCCCGUGUCAAGAGGAGUGGAGGCGCCUACAGCGGGAUCCUGUGGAGGCUACCCGAAUGGAGGGUGGUGAAAGCUAGAUCAGGGUAUGCUGAAGGCUUGACGGUGAAUGAGGCAGAGUACCAUGGGUUGUUACUAUGCCUGGAUCUGUUGGAGGGUCUGGAUCCACAGCGUCUGGUGAUCUGCGGAGACUCAAACCUGGUGAUCCGACAAGUACGAGGAGAGAUCGACUGUAAAGCACCAGGUCUGACACUGUUACGAGCCUUGGAUCGACUGCAAAAAUGGCCAGAUCAUGAACUAUUGCAUGUCAAGCGGGACUGGAAUGGGAGUGCUAACAGCCUAGCAGGUGCCGCUCUACAACGACAAUGUGGGAUCGAGAUAGAGUCUGAUGCAGAGAUCCAGGAUCUCAUGACUUUGAAUAGGCUAGAUGAGAUCCUGAUGGUGAAAGUCGAAGAAGAGACCCUACGAUUAUCAGCGGUGACGACCCGAUCGAAGGCUAGAUCGGGGAGAGCUACGGAUCGAGUGGAUCCGACAAGCGCAGGACGAGGAGGCGUGGAUCAUGGGCUUGAAGAAGUAUCUAAUCGGGAGAUCCGGGAUCAGACACAAGAAGAGGCUAGAAUGUUUGGAUCUAUUGCUGUGAAUUAUGAACGGGAUCUACUCUUCUAUUGUCCGACAACUAAGGAAGCCGCUGCAGAUCGAGAUAAGCUGAUGCGACUAGUGGUACCUGAGACCCUUCAACAGGACAUUUUACACCACUAUCACACGAGUUUACAGGGUGGUCAUCAAGGGGUCGGUCGCACCUAUGAUCGGAUCCGCGAUCACUUCCACUAG